AUGUAUCGAAUUAACUAAAAUGAUGAUCCAGAAUAUGAUUAAUUUGAUCCUGAUAAUUUGGAUAUUGAGGAAGUUGUGAGGCAAAGAUGGAAAUAAAGCAAAGGAAAUUUAGUAGGAAUGCAAAAUAAUAGAUUACCUUCUUUUAGAAAGAGAUUUAUAGAUCCUAUAGUAUCAUAAACACGCUAAGUUGAAGAAUUUUUAAAAGAAAAUGCAAUUUCUUUUAAAACACCAGAUGGAAAACUUCCUGUUGAUCCUUUUUUAACUUGGGAGAGUAUAAAUCUUCCCCUUAAAAUAAAAAAUGUAAUAGAUGAGCUUAAAUUUCGUAAUCCUACUCCAAUUCAAUCUGUCGUAUUCCCUUUGAUUUUAAGUGGAAAUGAUGUUAUUGGAGUUGCAGAGACCGGGUCAGGCAAGACCUUUGGGUAUUUAUUACCUGGCCUUAUUUAAUUGUCUGGUCAAAAUUACCCAAAUAAUUUCAGAAGCUAAAUAAACGGACCAGAAAUGCUAAUUCUAGCACCGACUAGGGAAUUAGUUAUGCAAAUCACCUAAUAGGUUUAGUUAUUUGUGAGACCUGGAGAUGUUGCAAAUGCUUUUGGAGGAUAAAAUAGAGAUCUAUAAGCAUAAUAAAUAAGAUAAAACCCAACUAUCUUAGUAGCUUGUCCAGGUAGAUUGAAAGACUUCUUAGAUGAUGGAAUUGUAAAUUUAUCAAAAGUGACUUAUCUUGUUAUAGAUGAAGCUGAUAGACUAUUGGAUAUGGGAUUUGAAGAUGAUGUUAGAGAAAUAGUUUCACAGAUUAGAUAAGAUAGACAGACAGUUUUCUUUUCUGCAACUUGGCCUAAAGCUGUAAGAAACUUAUCAUUUGAUUUUUGUGCAGAGAAUCCUGUAUAUGUUUAGGUGGGUAGGUCUAAUCUAACCAUUAAUAAGAAUAUAGAUUAAGAAAUCAUUUGUCUGUACAAUAAUGAAAAAUUAUAAACUUUGCUGGAUAUUUUGGACUAGUUGAAAAUUACUGACAAAGUAUUGAUUUUUGCAGAAACUAGAAUAAGUUGUGAAAAACUAUCGGUUGAUAUGACUAGUGAAGGUUAUUAUGCAGUUGCACUUCAUGGGGAUAAAACAUAAAAACAACGAGAUGAGAUUAUGUCAUACUAUAAAAAAGGUGAUACUAAGUUGCUUUGUGCCACUGAUUUAGCCUAGAGAGGAUUAGACGUUUCAGAUAUUACCGUUGUAAUCAACUAUGAUUUUCCAAAAUAUAUAGAUGAUUACAUUCAUAGAAUAGGUCGAACGGGAAGGGCAGGUAGAAGAGGGAGAGCGUUUAGUUUUUUUUCUUUUGAGAGAGAUACGCCUCAGAUGGCUCGAGAAUUACUAAAAUUGAAUAAUAUACAUUAGAUUAAAUUUAACUAUAAGCUCAUGGAAGAGAUUGCAAAUGGAAUAAAAUAAUUUAGAGAUCCAAAUACAUAGAAGGGUUAAAUUAAGUAUGGUACUUAACUCAUGACUCAUUAAAAUAACUCCAAAUUUAGAAUGCCCAAUUUAACGUAAGAAGAAAGGGCUAAUCUUUAUAUGCAGUCUUACCAAUAUGAUAAUCUAAAUAGAUAAAAGUAUGAUUAAGGCUAUGAUUACAAGAAACAUCAUCAUGGAUAAUAUAAUAAUAAUAGGUUUCCCUAAAGAGAGGAAAACUUUUAUUAAUAAUAAUUCCGAAAUCAGGGAUAUCAUAAUUAAAGAAGAUAAUAGUAACAAAAUUAUAGGCCAUAUUAAUAACAUUAAUAAGGAGAACAAAGUGAGUUUCAACGAUAACGUAGAGAAGAUUAUUUAGAUCCUGAUAGAGGUAAUGGACGAUAAGAAAACUAUAGAAAUCAAUAGCCUAGAUUUGGAAACUAAGGUCAUGAGAAUUAAAGACGCAAUUAUGGAGAAUAAAAUAAUUAAUACGAAAGCCACAGAAAAUUUUAGGAUGAUAGAACGGAUUAAUUUGAUCAAAAUAGAUACACAACCUUCUAGUAUCCAAAUAAAGAGUUGCAGUCUUCAAAUAUGAGAGAUUAGCAGUAAGAAACCAGAAAUCAAUAUAGGUUUGAUUAAUCAAAUAAUGACUACAGAGGUUAAACAAAUACUUAUCCUGGGUAAUCCAAUUAGAAUUUUAGAGGAGAUACAUAAUUUGAUUAAUAAACUGAAUCUUCAAAAAAUUAUAGAGAUUAAUAAUACCAAUAUAAUUAUAGAAAUUAAUAUGAUCAUUAAUAACCUUAUGGUUAAAUGUAAGGUUUUAAUAAUUAAAGGGAUUAACAUGGCUUCUAGAGAAAUCAACACAAUAAUCAAAGAUAGUAAAACAAUUGGAAUGAAAACAAUAAUAACAAGUAAGGAUAUCCAUAGAGACCUAAUGAUUAAUAAUUCAUGAAUCCAUCUUUUUCAGGUAAUUCUAGAGAUAAAAAUUUUGAUUAUUAAAACAGAACAAAUAAUAGAAGCUAAUAAGAUGAUAUAAGAGGAAAUCAAAAUUCUAGAUAAUAAAGAAACUACAAUUAAGAAUAAGAUAAUGAGAAACUUAACUAUUAAUACAAUGAUCAAUAAAGGCGAAACAACUAUAGAAAUUUUGUGGAUGUAAGCAAACCUUUAAUUGACGAAUUCUAAAUGAGAGCUGAUUAAAUUCAAUAGCCUGAAUCUAUUAUUAAUCCUGAUUUUAAUAACUUCAAAUUUAAUUAAGGCCAGAGUUAGGAAAUUUUAAAACAUGAUUAAAUUCAAAAUCCCUCUCAAAAUACAAGUUUUCAACCUAAUCAAGAGCAAAAUCGAAGAUUUAAUGCAAAUUAAGAGGAACCAGAAAAAAGAGUCAGUCUAAACGCUGAAUAACCUACUAUAAAUAGAUUUUAUGACAAUUAAAGACCAAACCCAAAUAUUUAACUUCCCCAAGCAAAACUAGAACAAUAGACUUUUAAUUAAUAGUUUGAAUAGAAGCAACCUCAGAAUAACUUUUUCAAUAAAAAUUCUCAAAAUUAACCAUAACUUAUUGAUCAAUAGAAUAAUUAAAAUUAAGUAACUGUGGUAGAUUAAAAAAUAGUUUAGUCACCGAAACAUUAUGAGAAUUCAAGGCAAAAUAAUGAGAGACCUAAUUUCAUUUAAUAAUAGUUUCAGAACAAUUCCAGACCAUCUUAAAAUGAUUAUCAAAGUUUCAAUAGGAAUGAAAGAAUUUAGGAUGAAUCUGAUGAGGAUGAUAAUUAAUAUGAUUUCACGCGAUAUUCUAGACAAGUGAAUGAUAAUUUGAAGAAACCUGAACCUUAAGCAAUCCAAAGAUAAAAUCAAAAUGAAGGAGGCUAUAGUUGGAAUAAUUCGAAUAAAGGAGAAAUCCAAGAUUCAGAAAAAAAAGAUGUAGAUUCCUAAGCUUAAUAUUGA